UACAACGCGUCAGAUCAAUUAUUUUGCUCGAACAAUUGCGAGAGUAAUCGUUGACCAUGAGUGGUUUGAAGUUUUUGACCGCCGAAGAGAAAAAAUUCUGGAAAGACAAUGGAUACAUUAAAAUUUCUAAUGUUUUCUCUGUCCAAGAGAUGAACGAAAUUUCUGAAGCUUAUGACGAAUUGUUCGAAAGAAAACGACGUGAAAAUGUACAAGGCUUGGAAGCUGCCUGGGCUGGCAAUGAUAUGAAGAAAGCUGCUGGAAACAUUGACUACACAGUGAAAUCUAUCCAUAAUCUUCAAAUGCAUAGCGCAGUUUUCACACGGAUGUUGAUGAAUGGAAAAUUGCUGGAUGCUUUGGAAGACAUAAUGGAGACAAAAGAUAUCGUUUUGCAUCACACCAAGGCCCAUAUAAAACCACCGGAAAAGGGUGCUCCUUAUUUGAUGCACCAAGAUUAUCACUACUUUCCACACAAGAAACACACGAUGCUUGCGAUAUUUUUGCAUCUCGAUGAUACGACACCGGAAAAUGGUGGUUUGGCAGUUUACCCCGGAAGUCAUAAACUCGGCCCUCUCCAAGACCAUGGAGUGACGGAUGAAAAGGGGGAAAGUUAUCAUUACGUCGAUCCUAAAAAAUUUCCACUUUCUGAUGCAACACCAGUCACCGCGAAAAAAGGCGAAAUCGUCAUGUUUUCCUACUUGUUGCUUCAUGGCUCGUACUUGAAUCUAUCCACUAAAUCACGAAGAAUGUUUCUGACUCAAGUAAAAGCAGCGGAUGAUGACCCUAUCGAGGAUGUUCAUAAAUCGCCUUGCCAAAACUUGGUACUUCGAGGACGGAACAUAAAUAGGAAAGCUACCAUGGACACUCGAUUCUCUCAUUGAAUUUUUAUUUUCGAAAUAAAAAUCAAUCCAAUGGUGUAAUAAAACCCUAAUAAUCACGCGGAAAUACAUUUUUUUCUAUCUUUAGGAAA